GAUAAACUCCGUUUUUAAGGACGAUAGAGAAGACCAAGUAGUUCGAACAUUCAUUUUUAUUGAAGUUUGGGCUGCAAAAUGACAGAGUCGAUUGAUGGAAACCCUUGGAGAAUUCUCGAACUUGUGGCUGAGAAUGAAUAUCAUCUAGAACAAGACAAUAAUGUUGAUCAACUUGAACAAUUUUCUGUAAUCCCCGGAUUUCAAGAAGAACUUGUUGAAUUUGCAAAGAAAAAACUAUUGGAUUCCAUAGAAGUUCAACAAUUUCUUGUGGAAAGAGAUAUUGAGUUUCAGGAGAAGAAUAUUGCGUCACUGAUAGAUGAAUUAAGUGAUAAUCAAGACGAUGAGUCGAAUUCCAAAGAAAUACAUUUGGAAUUGAAAUCUUCAAAAAACAAAUAUGAAGGUCUUAGAAAGAAGAUCGCAAGUUUCAAAGGGAGACAACAGAAAGCUGUGGGAUUUUUGAAUUCUGGACUAGAGGAAAUUCGAAUUCUAACUUCUCCCAAUGACAAAUUUUGCUACAAAGUGAAGAAUGCUUCUUGGAGGUGUUCGGUCGAUAAUUCCAUUGAUCUACAGAAGAUCAAAUUGAUAUGCGAGAAGUUAAUCGGAUUGGAAAAGAAAAUGGAAGUUACAUUUUGGACAUCUGAGAUCAUGAAACUUCUAGAAAAUCUUGAUCAACGACAUUAUGCAGUAGCAUUUGGGAUUAUUAUUGGGAUGGCAACUUGGGAAUACGAAAACUCAGAAAAAUAUCAUUUGCUGGCACUUAUACACCUUUCAAUUGGUAGAGAUGAAACAAAGACGGAUGUACUUCUGUAUUGGGAGAAUUGGGAGAAUGAGUCAAUUGAACAAUCCAUCGUUAGUUUGAGAAUUUUGAUGAUUUUCUACAUGAAAAUAAGUAUUGAUGAUUUGGAGUGCAGGGAAAACUUUGAGUUCAGAAUUUGCCAGGUAAUCGUUUUCAUUUUGGAGCACAAAGAGUUUGAGUCAAGCCACUUGACCAUGAUAACUGAACUCCUCGGAAGUAUUGAACAACGAUUUGGGAAUUUCACGGAAAUGUGUGACAUUAUGUUCACACAUUUUGAAGCGAAAGCUCAGAUGUUUGACAGCUAUGAAGCAAAGAUGCUAGUUUUCAUGAGAAAUGAGCAUUUGUCUCUUCUCCAAACACAACACAUCGACCAAUGCAUGGACACUCUGAAUAUUCUGAUUUUAUUGUACUUGAAAAUAAAAAUCGAUAAGUGGACGUAUAGAGAGAUAAUUGAACAAAGAAUUUCUCAGUUCAUCAUUUGCAUUUUGGAGCACACAGAGUUUCAGUCAAUCCACUUGACACUUAUAAUUCAGCACCUUGAAAGUAUCGAGCAACAAUUCGGGUGCUUUUCUGGAAAGUUCGACAAUAUGUUCAAAAUUUUUGAAUUGAAGCUUCAGAUUCUUGACAGACCAGAACAAGAACGAGUUUCCAAAUGGAUAAAGUCGCUUUCUUUGCGUUCUUCAAUCUCAGAGUUCUCGUCUGAACACUCUCAUAGUACAGUUACAGUAAUUGAGCACUCUGAGAAAACCUAUGAGCUUGAACAAAACGUUCGAAUUGACCUUGAGGAAACAUUGAAAUUGGAGAAAAGAAUUGAAGAAGUAUCGAUAGAGGAAUCCAAGAAGAAACAGGAGAAACUGGAGUUGAAGCAGAGAGAGGAGGAAGAAGCAAGAAUCAAGGAAGAAGAAGAAAAACAAAGAAAGAUUUUGGAAGAGGAAGCUAGGAAAAAACAGGAAGAGGAAGAAGCAAGGUUAAAAGCGGAGGAAGAAUUGAAAAUUUAUGAAGAAGAAAAACGCAAGAAAGAGUUGGAAGAGGAAAGGAAGAAGAAGGAAGAACUGGAAAUAAAACGGAAAGCUGAAGAAGAGAAGAAAAAAAAAGCUCUGGAAGAGGAAAAGAAAAGAAAAAUCGCAGAAGAGAAAGCUAGGCAAAAACAGGAAAAAGAAAGAAAAAAGCAGGCGAAUAAAUGCACAUUCCUCCAAAAUUUCACAUUUAUCAGGCACCAACAUCCAUCUCAAACAUAUAACGAGCGAGUGCUCGAUGGAAAAGUGGUUGGACUGUAUUUCUCUGCUCAUUGGUGUCCGCCAUCUCGCGAUUUCACUCCGGUUCUUGCACAAUUCUAUAGUCAAGUAGAGGAUAACUUCGAAAUACUAUUCGUUUCGAGCGACAAUAAUACACAAGAAAUGAACUUCUACUUGCAAAAUUUCCAUGGCGAUUGGUUCCAUUUGCCACUCAAUUUGUGCAAUUCAAUGAAGCACCGAAAUACCAAAAAUCAUAUUCCUGCCUUAAUAAUAAUGAAACCCGAUGGAACAGUUAUUACUGAUGAUGGACGAAAUCUAGUUUCUCAAUGGAUCAACGAUCCGAAAGCAUUGGUCAACCAUUGGAAAGCAAUGUUGAACUGAAGUGCGAAAAGGAUUUUUAUGUUUCUGGUUCACUUUUAUUUAAUUUUUUUUUUCAUUUUAAAUGCUCUUUGUGUAGAAAAUCUUCGCAAGUAUUAGAUCAGUUUUACUAAUCUGCCUCUUCCUAUAUUAAAUCCUGAAAUUGCAUUCUUGACAGAAAUAAAAAAUAAGGGCACGU